CGGGGUGCAGUGUAGGUAGUAGCGUCACGUAGAGCGAGCCACUCGACGUCCGUCAGUAGACAGACAGACAGACAGACCAACAGACAGUUAUUAUCGCCUUUUUAAUACAUCAACGAAUUAUCGCUCUGCAGCAGCUGUAGGCCAUACUAUCUAUACACACAAGCACGCAAAUGUCCUCAUUGACCCCCAUGUACACACCAGCUCCAACCCUCAAUCGACCCGACAGACACACCGCACACAGAAGGCCACCUCACCGUCCAUCCAUCCAUCCACCUGUCAGCCUUGUUCUCUCCUUCGCCUCCUCAUUGUGACCAGCACACGACCCAGACCUACAUUAACAAAGAUGCACACCAACCGACAUUGACGUGACAACAUGAAUGAGGGAGGAAUGCUGACCUCCGGCGAGGAACUGCAGACUCGUCGCCAGCAGCUCCAAUUCUGACAAAGACAAAACAGACACAAACAAAGAAGGGCGAUGGAUAGAUACUUACGGUGGCUUCCCUCUCCGGCCUGCGUGUAAACCUGGGUGGUGCCUGACGACCUCCAGCUGCUCAUCCAAAUCGGCCCUGCAUUAGGCGGGGUGCAUCGUGUGUGAACAUGUGUGUGUGUGUGUGUGUGUGUGAGAGCCAUUCCCCCACUCAGUGACUCACUCUCUGAGUUCCACUGGCAGGAGAAAGACCAGUCGGCCGCCGUCGACCAGUGCCACAGACGCGAAAUACAUCAGAUCCCUGCACACCCAGCCACAGACAGAGAGAGAGAGAGAAGGAGCGGUCACACAGUGAGUGAGUGACACGGUUGCAUGUUUGUAUUCACUUGACGAUGGUGUAGCUCUCCACCAGCUCGUCGAACAAGCCCGCUGUGCUGUCCCCACCACCACUGACACACAACACACACAGUACAGUACUGCGGAUGUGUGACCGAUUUGUGGCUAGGCUGCAGGUAGGGGCGAGUGGCUCACUUGAGGCAUUCUUCCCUGCCCCUCUCCUUGAGGGGCUUCUUGUUCUUCUUCAGAUGGCCCGCCUGACGCGCACCGGCACGAAUCCCUACACGCACCACACAUCCAUCCAUGCAUCCAUCCAUCCAUGGUUCCGCGGAUGCAGAUCUGCACUCCUCGCUCCACCUCUGUCUCACCAUAAGGCGGGUCACACACAAUGGCGUCCAUCCAUGGCAGUGUCCGGCGCGCUAUCGACCGGCGAUGCGGGCUCGACCAGCUGUCACUGGUUGAAGUGCUCUCUGCUGCUGCUGCCGCUGGGGUGUGCUUGUGCUUCCGUUGGGCCGGGAGGGAAGGGGGGCCGUCCUCAAUGGACGGCAGCCGCCACACCUGACGAAUAGGCGGAUGGAUGGAUGGAUGGAUGGAUGGAUGCCAAUGCAUGUGUGUGUGUGGGUGAGCCGGUGAGUGUUCUGUCUGGUACCCAUGCGGCGUUGUCGGAGCAGAUGACCUCAGGGGCCGGAAGGCCAUACUCGCGGAAAUUGCGGAAGAUGGUCGUGUGGGCUGCAUCAGUCAUGACGUCAGGCACACACAAACAGCACAGCACAGCACAGCACAGUGCGUCGACCGUGGUGUGCACUGUGUCUGCGUUUGGAUGUGGGUGUGUGAGGACCGUCGUUUGGUUGUUGGACUUCCUUGUUGAGCCGCGCCACCCCCCAGCCCUUGAGCACACGGAUGUCAAUGUCGGACCCCAUGCACACACCCCUGGGUGCACACAGACAGGGAGGAAAGACCUGCAUCAUCCUCUCUGUCUGUCUGUGUUGGCGCAACAAGUGUGUGUCGGUCACCCGAAGUGUGAAGCGGCAAUGAGCAGCCCCCCGGUGCCCACAAAAGGAUCGAACACCACAUUCCCUGCACGCACCUGCGCCUGAGAAACACACACACACACACACACACACAUACACCGAGCAAGCACCAAAUCCAUGUGUCGCGAGGCGGUCCUCUUUUCACCUCUCUCUCUGCUCACCUGGUUGGCCAUGAGGAAUGCGAGUUCGUUAUCCAUAGUGGUGGGGCCCAGCACCGGCCGGCAAGUCAGAUCAUACCUGAGCCACCACGGACCCUUACGCGGACGGGCUACCUAUACACAUACACACACACACACAUGCACACAUGCACACACACACCAUGGAUAGGGAAACCUGACGCCUUACGGCUCUGCCGAGGUAUAUUUUUCUGGGCUCCUUUGCCCGCUGGCUCGCUGACAUGAACUCGAUGCUGUGCGCCCAGUCCUACGCACACACACACACACACACGCACAAGUAUACUCUUAUUCAUAUUCCAUCUGCCCGGCAGGCACCAUUUGUCUGUCUGUGUGUGUUUCUGUUGUGUGAACACCCACGUCCCUCCCCACUGACCUCUAGUAUGUAGAGGAGAGUGGUGGGGUUGUUGAUGUCCGUCGGCUCCUUCUCGGUGAACAGAGACCGAAAGUGAUUCAUCCUACACACCUUCUCACCAUGACUACAUCCAUCCACACACCAAAGGCACCAUCCAUCCAUCCAUCCAUCCAUCCAUCCACGAAUAAGUGGUCUCACGUGAAGGUCUUCCCAAAGCCCGCUAUCUGGAAUGCCCAUGUUGUGGUCUCGUUGAGGUGUGUGCGUCGCUUGUCGGGCGGGAACCGCCGCUGGGCAUCGCUCAGCACCUCGUCAUAAGUCGAGCCCUCACCCCACACCUAAUACACACAGGGCAGUGGGUGGAUGAAUGGGUGCCUGCCUGCCUGCCUGCCGACCUCUACGAAAGCCUUGACUGUGAUGGCCCUGUCAACGAUGCGGCUGGCCGUCGACUCGUCGGGCAGGUGGACGUAGGCGAACGCCAGCUCCUCUUGGCGAGAUGGCCUGGGGCAGCCGCCCUCUUCACUCCACAGCCGCGAUGGAUCCCACCCACACAUCGAGGCCAGGGACUCCAGCUCUUCCACUCUGUAUAGAAACAAACAGACAGACAACAUUGCUCUGGCCCUUGUUUAUGUGUGUGACCUGAAGUUGAAGUAGUCGUUGUGGUAGGCCCACCAACACAGCACCCGCAGCACCAUUACAAUGAGUGAUCAGCCUGAUAUCGACAACACACACCCGCCGAACGACACAUCAAAGGGAGAAAACAACGCAGGAAUGAAUAGAUCUUGACAGCGCCGUCGCAGUGAGGCCAACCUGAGCUAUCCUUCCUGUUCGUUCCUUCUGCCUUUCC